UGUCCUCAUUGUCUGCGAUACACGAUCAGUAUGUCAGCGCUUCAGAGUGCUCUGAGGAUUUUGACUCGACCCUGCUCUUCAUCCUUCGCCUCGUUGCUAUUGAGACGAUCUGCCAAUGCCAGCCGUCGUCCAUUCGCUAGCGUAGGGGAGUCUCAGCACAAUGAGCAGGAACGCAAACCUCAAUUGUUGGCGCCCCGAGGAUUCGUCUCGGAGUCUACGGACCCUUGGUUCAACCUAUCAUACGAGGACUGGCUGCUGAGGAACACGCCGCACGAUGAGCCGACCUUGUUUGUAUAUCGGAACAAGCCUUGCGUCGUCAUAGGCAGGAAUCAAAAUCCAUGGAAAGAGAGUACACCCCAGUGGCUCAGAGAACAAGAUAUACCUCUCAUCCGUCGUCGAUCAGGAGGAGGAACAGUGUUUCACGAUCUAGGCAAUGUCAACUUCUCCAUCAUGUUACCUCGACUACUGUUCACUCGAAAUCAGGGUGCAGAGCUCGUCGCCAAGGCUGUCCGCGAUCGAUUGGGCAUAUCCAGCUGUACAGUGAACGACAGGAACGACGUGAUCAUCCGGACGACCGAAAGAGAUCUCAAGGUUUCAGGUUCAGCGUACAAGAUCAUUCAGCAUCGAGCGUAUCACCAUGGCACGAUGCUCAUUUCGUCAGAUCUGUCCAAUUUGGGACAAGCUCUCCGAUCAAACUCUCCUCAGAUGGAGACCAAAGGCAUCCCAUCUUUCCGAUCGCCAGUCACAACCCUCAACUCCCAUCUGUCUUCUGGACAACAUCCAAUCACCCCGGAAGACUUUAUCACAGCCGUCACGCAAGAGUUUUCAGCGGUCUAUACUGGCUCUGAGGAGAGCAUGGUAGUGCAACAAGUAUCCGAGGAUCAAAUGAAUGAACCAAACGUUCUGCGGGGGGUAGAAGAGCUCAAAUCUUGGGAUUGGACGUAUGGUCAAACGCCGGAAUUUACCAACCUCAUAGAGUCGCACAUUGGUGAUAAUCAGUUGACGGCGAAGAUCGCUUCGAGAAAGGCUUUGAUCACGGAUAUCGCUUUGACAUGGUCAGAAGCGACGGGAUCCGCCGACCGAGUUCUCAGACAAGUCGAGGAGCGAUUGCUGGGCGCCCAUUACGAGUCACUCCUCAUAGACUCGGAUUGGUCGUCUUUAGAGUCUUCCAAUGACCGACAGCUGGCCGAGCAGAUACUGGCAUCACUAAGGGAAGCAAUGUGAUGAAAGGCUUGAGAGAGGAAGUUUCUGCGACUGGCUCAAGGCGCGCAAUUUUA